UUGCUUAACAGCAGCAAUGUUGCAACGACUGUUAGGAAGAGCUGUCGCUUGUCACAAUACAUUACCUACCAGCUUAGCAGAGUCUACAACUUGCCACCGCUUUAAAACCACCAACAGUAAAAUAGAUUACUCAAAGUACCCAAAAUUAAAUGAGGACGAUUUGGAGGAGGAUUUCAUGCGCGGUAGUGGGCCUGGUGGGCAAUCAGUUAAUAAAACGUCUAACUGUGUAUUCUUGCGUCACAUCCCAACAAAUAUAACAAUUAAAUGUCAUACGCAUCGACUGGCUUCUAAAAACCGUAUAGAAGCAAGAAAACUUUUAUUGGAAAAAUUGGAUGCCCAUUUUAAUGCGGAGAAUUCUGUAGCAGCACAAUUAAAAAUUCUUGAAUCAAAAAAGUCGACUGAACGCAAGCGUAGACAGCAAAAAUUAAAUGAAAUGAAAAAGAACUGGAAAGAACGGGAGCAAACAAUUGGUGACAACGAGGAAAAGGCGUGAAAGCGUUCUUCAUAUACAAAAAAUAUUUGUUAAUUUUUUAACUUAUGAUUUAUACAGAUAGGUAAUCUAAGCGUUUAUAUGAAUAAAUCUAAAUCUACCAUGUAGAAAAAUCCCCGAAGGUUCCUUUGCCUAUA